AUGGACGACCACCUUCUCCUCUCCCUAACCUCCUGGCCGGACCCAGACCCACAGACAAUAUCUUUAUCGUCUCUCAUUCCUCGUAUCCAAUCCGAACGCGGUCCUUUCAAAAACGUCACCGAAGACAGUCUCAACGAGGAGAUAGUAGCUGCAGAGAAACUAUCCGACGAGGACGCGAUACGCGAUGACGACCCAACCCCUUUGCCGAUCACUGCCGAUGACCAGCCCAAUCCACGGGAGACUCUUGCCCUUAAAAAACAAGAACUCAUCAAAUUGAUCGAGCAUGCGCAGUUCGAUGCUAUGUCUGCUCUAGAUUUUGUUUCUUUGCUCUUAUCCAACGUUCGUCCGACACACGCCGAAGCUUCGAUGUCUCGACACUUAAAAGAUACCAUAUCAAGUGGGACGCUCGGAUCCGACUCAGUACGAAAGAAAGAUUCUACACAGGCUGAAAAGACGGACAGUGAAACAAUCUCAAAGGGUUGGAGAUCCGAGUCCCUGGUGCAGUCAGCUAGCUCGCUCCUUAACGCCGCCUCACGCCUGGCCCAGGAAUCCGAACGAGAACAGAUGUACUGGGAGGAUGUCCUUGAUGUGAAAAGAGAAGGGUGGGCUAUUUGCCGGGUCCCUAGGGAGCCACAAAGCCUAGGGGUCAGAUUUGGCUUCUCAGAAGCCGGUGCGGAUGAGAAGUAUCGUGGACUAGGCGUGCUCCGUAAAGGAACGGAUGGAGCGAUAACAAUGCAAGAUCUUCUUAGCCAUGGAACCCUGAACAGAGGCUCAGUCCGAGUGCGAGUUUCACGCGGUGGACGGGUUACAGGGACAUCAAAACCAUUUGAAGAUGACACACAGACAUCGGGAAUCACCGGAAUGAUCCAAAAUUCUAGAAACUAUGCUUACGAACAUGAGUUAUUCCUCGAAAUUGCUCGAGAGGCAAGGACACUAGCAAAUCUUGGGUUUCGAAAUGUCGACGAGGCGGUCACAUUCGAGCUUGCGACGGAUAGUACUAUUAUCAUUGAUAUGACGAGCAAUGCAGAUAUAUCGGUUCUGGAAACAACUUCUGAUAACGACAACGAACUGGCGCAGGGCCUCUCGACAGCUCUCCAUCUCCUCCUAUCUCACGCUCAUCGACAGAGCCUUAUGAAAAGGCGGCUUCCACCUUCGUUACUAACACAACGUCCGACGCCAAAUCCGCCUCUCAACUUACUCCGGCCGAUAGUAUCGCAUCUUCGGCACCGGAGCAACACGGAUGAAUUCGAAGCUUCUGCAUCUAGACUCAUUAGCUAUGCGAAAUCGGCUGGCCUGAGCGCGCGCCUCACACUUGAGAAAUGCCACAACUGUUUGUCGAAGGAUAUAGAAGACGCUGAAGACGCUGUUGAUUCGUUGAUCGGGCUCCUAGAGUCAAAAGCAACAAUUUACCUCCCAGGAAGCUGGAAACUUGUCGUUUUGACCCAGACGCUUCUUGGCCCAUCUAUAUUCGGGACAAGGUUCGCCGUGCAUACCGCACACGAUGGUAGCUGUGCCACGUUGAUGGGCACUAACUCAUUUAGUUCUCAAGCAGAAGUUCAAAGAUACUUACAGUGGUGUUUGGAGCGAAGUGUCAUAAAUUAUAUAACCGGUAGGAUAAUUGAAUGGGAGCAGAUUGCGAUGAGUAACGAGAUGACGAAGGCUGGAGAACAAGCCCAAUACAAACGCCUAAGGGUAGAAGUCGAAAACGAACAUCUUGCAGUCCGCUGGACAGUCGGAGGGGGGGAAGACGAGAAUCAUAGGUGGACUGGUGGGGAAGGAUCACCGUCCCUAGAGGCUCUUAUAAGGUCAAUUUAA